AUGUCAAAAAUUAACAUACUUGAUUUACCUCAAGAUGUCAUAGUAAACUCCAUUAUUCCCGAGCUGGACAGAGCGGACAUCAAUUCCUUAAGUCGUACUUGCCAUGCGUUUGAGACUUUAACCCAAGAUUCGACAGUUUACCGUCAUUUAUACGCUAAAACUUUUGGACAUAAUCCUGUCCCACUCAGUUUCACGUCUACAAAGUGGCCAGAAUUAUAUAAAUUGCGAUCCACAGGUAAGCUGUAUACUUGGGGUAAAUCCGGUGGAUGCAGGCUAGGAUAUUCAUUGAAAGAGGUACCACGUUCACAUUUGGAUAGACGAAGAUUUAGUGUUAAUAUCAUCUUGCCAACAUUAGUAGAACGGUUGGCCGGUUCGGUCUUGGCUGAUGUGUCUGGUGGAGGGUUUUCCUUUCAAAUUUUAACCGAGGAUGGUACGUUGUAUUUUACUGGAAGCAGUUGGCACGGCGGCCUCAAGGGCCCUGGACCUGUGGAUCGGGAUAGAAUAUCUGAGAACUCAUCAAGAACUCACCAUGGACCAGGAGUUCUACCAAUGCCCCGACAUCCAUUGAUCCCCUUACCAAGGAUAACUACAAUGCCCCCAAUCGAAACUCAAACUCCAAGAAUUACAGAACUGUUACCAGAGCAUCUCAAUUCUCCGCUAACUUCAGCUUUAGCACAAGAUAAUGAAGUUCGUGAAGCAACCGGAAUUCUUACCAAGGUGAAAAUUGACCCUGAACGCAAGAUUUUAGCGGUAAGUUCAGGGAGAUCUCACUUCAUUGCGCUCGACGAUUCUGGAGCUAUUUGGUCUUGGGAUUGUCCUCAGCAGAAAGUAAAGGGAAUAAAACUGAGUUUCAAUAAGCCAAACCAUGAACCACUCAACAAUUCUUCGAACAUCAUCACACAAAUAUCCGCAGGCUGGAACCUAAGCAGUAUAUAUGUUUUGAAUGUGGGAAUUGUUGUUUGGAAAUCAAGAGAUGCAUUUACUCGUUCCACGAGCGCAGUUCAGGCUCAUUUUAAAGUAGUCCCGAAUACUGGAAACAAUAACGAAGACCAGGUAAUAGACCUGGUUGCCCUAAACUCGGCUAUCAUUUACAUUACGAAGUCAGGGAAGUGUUUUUUAGUGAAGGUUGAUGAUAUUGAAACUGUUCCGACUACAGAGCCCGUUCCGUUAGACAGCUUUAACAGGUACAAAAGUGACAAUAGCUACAGCUCUGACGAUGUUAAAUUUAUUAAACUAAGCGGAUCAUUCAAAACAUUUGCAGCCUUUACGGAUGAUGGGCAAGUUCUCAUAGGCGAUCUGAAUAACCUUAAUUUUGUGAAGGUUAUUGAGUCAUUACAACACAAAGACUGUAUCUCGAUAUCAGUUGGAGACUAUCACUUUCUUGCCCUGCUGCGAGACAGAACUAUGCUUUCAUGGGGUAGGGAAUCCCAGUAUUGUGGGUGCCUUGGGCUCGGAGACGGCAAGCAGAUUGUAGAAAGAGGACUAGGGACGCAAGAUGAGGGCGGUUAUACAAUAAUUAGUCCAACCCCAAUAUCAGUUGAAGGUCAGGUUUUGGCAAUCGCUGCGGGAGGAUGGCAAUCUGCGGCAAUAAUCAGCAACGGAGUGGUUGAGAAAAGUUCUUGA